AUGAGGGAAAUACUUGACGUUCGGGCCUUCCUUAUGCUCAAUGAUGCCAGUCCGAUGAGUUAUCUCCAUCAACAUCGGCAUCACCCCCACGCCCGAGGAUCGAGGACUUCCCCGCAAUUUGAAUUAUCAACCGCGAGUAGUACACACUUAUGCAUGGAUGGAUGGAGGAUUAUGCUUCUUAUCGAUGGAUGCAUGCCGGCGCGGAGCAUCUGUGGAGAUGAUGAUCCGGAACGACAGGAUGUGGAGUGCGCUGCUACGGGGAUGCCAUCCAUGCUUGCCUGA